UGUGACCCUGCGCAAGCAAAAGGUCUCCCGCUGGAGACAGACACUAGGCUAAGAGCGAGAAAGGACCUUUUGUUCGCUUGCUGGCUCCACGAUCUAGUGUCUGCUCCAGUUGGGGUAAGCCUUGCCCGCCAAUGGGGCCGUCGCGUCUUUGGCCGCCCACCUCCCCCCGCGAGAGUUUCUUUCUGUAUAACUACCCCAGGAACGCUCCUCCUCCUCUUCUCAUUGUCCCCUGCUUUGGUUCUUCUUCUCUUGUGCUCAAUUCAUCCCAUCGUUUCAUUCUCUCUCCCCCCCUCUCUCCUCUCCUCUCUGAGCCCCUCCUCUCAUCUCAUCUUCACAAGAGAUAAGAAAGAAGCAGCCAACCGCUGCACCAACACCACCAACGAUGGGUGCCCUCGAUCGCAUCAGGUCCAAGAUGUCGGGCGCCGACGUCGAAAUCACCAGAAAGACCACCGCCGAGAUCAAGCAGACCGACUCUGAGCUGCGAAACUUCCGCAAGCAGCACCGCUGGGAUCCCUUCCUCGAUGUCGACAAGCUUGACAAGCUCGACUCGGCCAUUGCCUCUGGCGAUGUCGAAAAGGAAGAUGCCCGUCAACACCAUCCGCUCCUGGACCCUCGGCGUCAUUCUCUGCACCAUUGUCGCCGCCUGCAACAUUCUGCUGCAGCUGCGUGCUACUCCCAUCUCCAUCACCUCCACCGUUGUCCAGUUGAUCUCCUACCCCAUGGGUGUCGCCUGGGCCAAGUACUUCCCCGCGUGGCGCUUCACCAUCUUUGGCAAGACGCUUGAGCUCAACCCGGGUCCCUUCAACGUCAAGGAACACACCAUCAUCACCCUCAUGACUGCUGCCGGUUCCACCUACUCGUACGCCAUUUCGAUUCUGCUCGCCCAGGAACGCUUCUACCACCAAAACUUUGGCUGGGGCUUCCAGAUCCUCCUCAUCAUCUCUACACAGGCCAUGGGUUUUGGUAUCGCCGGCGUCGCUCGCCGCUUCCUCAUCUGGCCCUCGUCCAUGGUGUGGCCCGCCGUCCUCAUCACCACCACCGUCAUGUACUCGCUGCACGACCACAGCCCUGCCGACCCUACCAAGACCAACGGCUGGCAGAUUGGCCGUUACGCCUUCUUCGUCGUUGUCGCCGCCAGCACCUUUGUCUGGGAAUGGGUCCCUCAAGUUCUCGCCACCUUUAUGCAGUACUUUAUGUUCCCCGUCUGGGCCGCCCCUAACAAUGUUGUCGUCAACCAGAUCUUUGGCGGUCAGUCUGGCCUUGGCAUCAUCCCCAUCUCCUUUGACUGGUCUGUCGUCACUGGUUUCUUGGGCUCGCCGCUCCAGACACCCGCCUUCGCCAUUGUCAAUGUCACCUUUGGUGUCUUCCUCGUCGCCAUCGGCUGUAUUGGUCUCAACUGGGGCGGUCCCGAGCUGUUCAAGUACUUGCCUCUCUCUGCCAACAAGAACUUUGAUCAUUUUGCUCAAAAGUACAACGUCUCACGAAUUAUGAACAUCCCCGAGUACACCAUCAACAUGGAAAAGUACGAAGCCUACUCUCCCAUUCUCAUUGGACCAGCCUUUUCGCUCUCCUACGGUUUCGGCUUCGCUGCUCUCAUGGCCACCAUUACCCACAUUGCCCUCUUCUACGGACCCGACGUUUGGAGACGCGCCCGCGACAGCCGCAGUGAAGAGGACGACGUUCACAUGAAGCUCAUGCGCAAGUACAAGGAGGCCCCCGAGUGGUGGUUCAUGGCUAUUUUCGCCGUCAACUUUGCCUUUGGUCUCAUUGCCUCGCAGGUCUGGCCAACUCACAUGCCCUGGUGGUCGUACAUCAUUGCUAUUCUCAUUGGUAGCGCCCUCUUCAUUCCCAUUGGUAUCAUUCAAGCCAUCACCAACCAGCAGGUCGGUCUCAACAUUGUUACGGAAAUGAUUUUCGGUUACAUGCUGCCUGGUCGCCCCGUUGCCAUGAUGUUGUUCAAGUCGUGGGGUUACAUGCUGGCCUACAACGGUCUCACCUACGUCUCCGACAUGAAGGUUGGCCACUACAUGAAGAUCCCCCCUCGCUCGACCUUUGCUGCCCAGGCCUUUGCCGUCGUCUGGCUGUCUAUUGUGCAGAUCUGCACCUACAACUUCCUCAUGGGCAACAUCGAGGGUAUCUGCACCGACGAUCAGCCUCAAGGUCUUACUUGCCCCACUGCCGUCACCUUUUACAACGCCUCCGUCAUUUGGGGUGUCAUUGGUCCCAAGAUUGUCUUUGGCGCCGGUGCCCUCUACUCGUGGUGCAACUACUUCUGGCUCAUUGGCUUCCUAUGUCCCUUGAUCCAGUUCCUCAUUGCCCGCAAGUACCCUCGCUCCUGGGUCCGCUACGUCGUGUUUCCCGCCAUUUUCGGUGCCGCCGGCCAAAUCCCCCCUGCCACUACUUGGAACUUGUUCAUCUGGUGCUGGGUUGGUCUCGCCUUCAACGUUGUCAUUCGCCGCCUGUACCGUGGCUGGUGGACUCAGUACACCUAUGUUCUUUCCGGAGCUCUCGACAUUGGUACCGCUCUUUGCGUCGUCAUUGUCGGUCUUGGUCUGGGCUUGUCUGGCACCCCUACUCUUAAAUGGUGGGGUAACGAUGUCGUCGAGAACAACCUUGAUUUCCAUAAGAACGCUACCACCAGGAGAUUGGCUCCCGGCGAGAAGAUCCCUGGUGUCUGGUAAGCAGCGGCUUCGUGCUGCUGCUCCCAACCUCCUCGUGCAUUUUCCAUUUUCUCUUUUCUCUUUCCGCAACCCAUUCUUUGGACCUCAAUGUGUCGGACGCUCUUCUUUUUUCUUGGAUAAAACAAAGGGCAUAAAAUUUGCAUAUUAUUCAUGACUUGUAUAAAUAAACGAAGUAACCUUAUACCCCCC